UUAACUCAAACAAAAAAAGUUACCUUUUUAUUCAAAAAAAAAAAAACUUCAUAUUAAUGGAAGAAAUGAAGAUCCAACCUGGAAGAAAUCAGAAGGAAGAAGUAACUGGAGGGAGGGAAAAGUGUACAUCUCCUCCACCUUUGAAAUUUUCCCCUUUCUUGAUUUUAAUAAUUUUGUGUGGCUAAGACUACACUAGAUUUUCACUUCAUGGGAGAAAAUCCCUUCCCUGAGACGGGGCCAUAUAACAGCCAUUGUUUUAGUCAAUUGUUUGACUCAAUUCCAAUUAUCAAACGGAAGUAUGGAACAAAUUCAUUCAUCUGUGUUCAAACAUGGAACAAUUCAAACGACAACCUCGUCUUCCCAAGUUCGCUGUUCCAAACCGUUACGACAUUAGGCUUAAACCUGACCUCAUCGAAUGCCGUUUCUCCGGUUCCGUCGCCGUCGAUAUCGACAUCAUCACCGCUACUCAUUUCAUCGUUCUCAAUGCCGCUGAACUCACUAUCGCUAACGACACCGUUUCAUUCACCAGCCACGAUUCCUCUAAGGUUUUCAAACCUUCAAAAGUUGAAUUGUUUGAUGAUGAUGAAAUUCUCGUCUUGGAGUUUCCAGAGGAAAUACCUAUUGGAUUGGGUCUAUUGAAUAUUCAGUUUGAUGGAAUAUUGAAUGAUGGAAUGAAAGGUUUUUUCAGAAGCAAAUACGAGCAUAAUGGUGAGAAGAGGAAUAUGGCAGUUACACAGUUUGAACCAGCUGAUGCCAGAAGAUGCUUUCCUUGUUGGGAUGAACCUGCUUGCAAGGCCACUUUCAAGCUCACAUUGGACGUGCCUUCCGACCUUGUUGCUCUCUCCAACAUGCCUGUUGCUGAAGAAAAAAUUGAUAACAAUCUCAAAACUGUUUCAUAUCAAGAAUCACCAAUCAUGUCAACAUAUUUAGUUGCUGUCGUCGUAGGUUUGUUUGAUUAUGUGGAAGAUCAUACUCCCGAUGGGGUCAAAGUCCGAGUGUAUUGUCAAUUUGGUAAGGCAAACCAAGGGAAAUUUGCACUUGAUGUUGCUGUGAAAACUUUGGGACUAUACAAGGAUUACUUCGACACUCCUUACACCUUGCCAAAAUUGGAUAUGAUUGCAAUACCUGAUUUUGCUGUUGGAGCCAUGGAGAAUUAUGGUUUGGUUACAGGUCGGGAGACUGAUUUACUCUUUGAUGAUCAGCAUUCUUCUGUUGCUAACAAACAGUGGGUUGUAGUUGUUGUAGCUCAUGAACUAGCACAUCAAUGGUUUGGCAAUCUUGUUACAAUGGAGUGGUGGACCCAUUUAUGGCUGAAUGAGGGUUUUGCAACAUGGGUGAGUUAUUUAGCAGCUGAUGGCUUGUUUCCUGAGUGGAAAAUAUGGUCUCAAUUUCUCCAUGAAAGUGAGGCGGGUCUUAGACUGGACGGGCUUGCCGGAUCCCACCCAAUUGAGGUGGAGGUAAAUCAUUUUCGCGAGAUUGAUGAGAUAUUUGAUGCAAUAAGCUAUAAAAAAGGUGCAUCUGUUAUUAGGAUGCUGCAAAGCUAUCUUGGUGCUGAAAGCUUUCAGAGGUCACUGGCUUUAUAUAUAAAAAGGCAUGCUUGUUCAAAUGCUAAAACUGAGGAUCUAUGGGCUGCACUUGAGGAAGGAUCUGGUGAACCUGUGAAUAAGUUAAUGGCCACAUGGACUAAGCAACAAGGAUAUCCUGUUGUAUCCGUUAAAGUCAAUAAUCAGAAUUUGGAGUUUGAUCAGUCACAAUUCUUGUCAAGUGGUGCUCAAGGGGAAGGCCAAUGGAUUGUUCCAAUAACACUAUGCUUUGGCUCAUAUGAUGUCCGCAAAAAUUUCCUCUUCCAAACAAAAUCUGAAACACGUGAUGUUAAAGAGUUACUCGGUUCCCCGAUUUCUGAAGACAACAAAUCUUGGAUUAAACUUAAUGUGGAGCAGGCUGGUUUCUACAGGGUGAAAUAUGAUGAGCUGCUUGCUGCUAAACUUAGAUAUGCAAUAGAGAGAAAAUUAUUAUCUCCAUCAGAUCGGUUUGGAAUUUUGGAUGAUACAUAUGCACUUUGUAUGGCUCGCAAAGAAUCAUUGACCUCCUUGCUUAACUUGAUGGCAGCUUAUAGGGAGGAAGAUGAUUAUACUGUGCUCUCUAAUCUGUUAUCUAUAAGUCAAAAAGUUGAACGUAUUGCAGCAGAUGCAGUUCCAGCCUUACUAGAUUAUUUCAAACAGUUUCUUAUCAAUAUUCUCCAGUACUCUGCAGAGAGGCUUGGUUGGGAUCUUAAACCAGGAGAUACUCAUGAUAACGCGUUGUUGAGAGGAGAAAUUUUGACUUCCCUUGCUAAAUUUGGACAUGAUCUGACACUGGAUGAAGCAAGCAAGCGAUUCCAGGCUUUCUUAGAAGACAGAAAUACUCCACUUCUUCCACCUGAUAUAAGAAGGGCAGUUUAUGUGGCUGUAAUGAAACGGGCAACCAAAUCUAACCGGUCGGGUUAUGAAUCACUUCUGAAAGUAUACAGAGAAACUGUCCUAAGUGCGGAGAAAACGCGUAUUCUGGGCUCGCUGUCUUCUUCAUCUGAUCCAGACCUAAUUCUUGAAGUUCUUAACUUUAUGUUAUCUUCGGAGGUUCAAAUUCAAGAUGCUCCUCAUGGACUCGGUGUCAAUCGGGAAGGAAGAGAUGUGGUUUGGGCAUGGCUUAAGGAAAAUUGGGAACACAUUUCAAAAACUUAUGGUUCUGGAUUCUUAAUAACUCGCUUUGUCAGUGCAACUGUCUCACCGUUUGCUUCCCUUGAGAAGGCGAAGGAAGUAGAAGAAUUCUUUGAUAGCCAUCCUAUGCCCACCAUUGUUAGAACUUUAAAGCAGAGCCUCGAGCGAGUUAAUAUAAAUGCAAACUGGGUUCAGAGUGUUCAAAAUGAAAAGGGUCUUGCUGAUGUUAUAAAGGAGUUGGCGUACAGGAAAUACUAGACCCUACUUCCCCUUGUUUGAAGUGUAGUUUCAUAUAAUAAUAAUGGUUGUGGCCUUCUGCCUUUCCUUUCUACGUUAUGUGACUUUCUGAGACAUGCUGUGUCUUUCGAAGGCCCUGAAACCUGCUGAUCUAUAAAUUAUGGUUAAAAUACUUCAUGUGCUCAAAUUUGGCUUGUUAUAUAAGUGGCCAAUUUCUUGUAUUUCAAUAAUGCUUGUUGCUGUUCAAAUUAAAGAGAAUGACAAGGACAUUCACAACACUCACUUUCAAGUCUGCAUUUAUUUUCUGCCUUUCUAUUUUGUCAAAGUUUCAGAAUCAUUAUGCCAACAAUAUGCUAUCAAAUUCAUAGCUCAUUCACCAAAUACGUCCAUAGAUCAACAUUAUUGUAGCCAAGGAUGGUCCUACUAGUGUGUACUCAUAUCUUUUGGAUCUGCAAGUCAUGCUUAUGAAAAUGAGAUAAAAAUCUAAGUGUUUCGCUGAACUUUUUCCCUUUUAAGUUUCAACCGUUUAUUUCCAGAAAGGAAAAUAAGUCCAAAAUCCAUCUCUAGAUUCGGUCUGUUGUUUCAAUCAAAAUGAAUAUUCAUUUUUUCAAUAUGUUUUGAUGUUCUCUUCACUGUAUGUUGUUGCUUGGUCAAUUUGGUGGAAGGGUAUCUCGCUGUGCUGGACUUCGUCUCAGAUUGUGAUUUGUUGUAUUUUGAUUUAAUAACUUUUUUAAAGUUUGUUUAUGUAGCUGCUAAUAGCAUCCCCUUCUUCACAAUUGCUUUCUCCUUGUGCCACCUCAGGUGUUGCUUAAGACCGCACCGCCCAUCGGAAGUGAAUCUGUGAUGAACUGAAUUAACUCUACAAGAUCCAUGAAGUUAUUCUAUCAGUUUUGUCCAAUAGUAUUCUCCUGGUAAGAUACAUGGAGAUGCUGGCCAAAAUCUAUGAAGCACAGACCCCGACAAGUACACGACACGGACACUUCGACACCGAUAAUGUCAAAAACAUCGGCAUCCUUUAAUAAUCAUGAUGAAUCAAAUGAAACUGUGGCAUUUGGUAACACCGACUCUUAGAUAACUCAAGCGGUGUUCGAGUAGGAAAAAGGAGAAUUUUUGGUAAAAGUUGUUAAGAAGAUCAUGUUGGUGAAUGGAAUGCGGUAUGAGCUGCAGGAGAUAUAUGGUAUUGGAAAUUUAGUGGAGAGUGGCGUGGAUGACAACGACCACGGAAAAGAGUGUGUGAUCUGCUUGCUAGAGCCUUGUGACGCAGUUGUUCAUCCCUGCUGACAUAUGGUAUAUGCAACAUCCCUUUCUUAAUGCAUUUUUUCUUUGAUUAGUUUUUUUGAUCAAUUUGAUUAGGGUCAUUGAAUGAUACUGAUGGUAGUCAUCAAUAUAAAUAUUAUUCUUGAAAAUCUGUUUAAUCUUAGGUUCUUAGAAAAUUCACGAUCAUUGUCAAAUUUAACAAUUGAAACUGGUUAUAUUUGGUCCUCGACUUUCUUUGGAUGGUUUUCUACUCUUUUUUGCAGUUCAUGUGUAGCGGACGUGCAAAGGUUUAAAUAGUUGCCCGAUUUGCAGACAACCAAUUGAGAGGCUUUUGGAGAUAAAGGGAAUGACUCUCUCUGGGACCAAAAACAAAGCCAAUUGUCCACUAAUCCUUUAUGAGUAUAUCGUUUGUUGGAUCAUGCAUAUGUAUUCUUUGAUUUUUAUUAUUCUUUCGUUGUUUUGCACUUAAGAUUAUACUGUUUAUUGUUUAUUUGUAAUAAUUUGAUAUGGUUAAUUAUAUUUGUACCAAAGCUCAUCUACAACAUAAUUUCAGUGUUAAUUUAGGGCACAUGACUUUGGUCAAUUGGAGAAUGGCAUUUUUGCUUAACUUUGGUGCUUAUAUAUGUUUAUCUUGUUUAGUAUUAGUAAAAGCAAUGCUUUACUAAAUCCAAGAGAAUUCACAUGAAAUUACUGCAUAUGAAAACUACACUGUCAAACCAAGCGUUUGGGCUCGAGUGGCAAACGAGUCUCUGCAAAGAAUGAUAUUCGGGAAAUACCGAGUUCGAUUCUUGGCAGAAACAACGCGAUGUUUAAAUAUUAACAGCAAAAUCCGCAGAAAAUCUGUUUUCUAGAAAGAAAAAUAAAUAUUAACAGCAAAAUCCGCAGAAAAUCUGUUCACUUUCUUUUUAUGUCCUUGAAAACAUUAAAAAAAAUAGACUCCAUUUAUUGAAAAAUGACAUUUGUCACAUGGUAAAAUAAAAAAGAGAUAAUGUAACUAAGGCUAUGUA